AUCAUUUGAUUUUUAGGAUAAGAGUAGGGGCGUCAGUCAUAACUGAGAGCCCUGAGGGGGUGUCCGGUAAAUAUCACACGCCCUGUAGCCUGCUACUUGGCACUCUAGAAAGUAACUUUGCAGUUUCCAAGCACUUGGGACGGUUACAGCAAAAGAUGCGGAUCAAGAGACUGCACCAUGGCGGCUUCAUUAUACUGUUAGUGCAUCAUAGUUAGAAUUAUUACUUGCAUAUGAAUAUUAAAAGCACUAUACGCGUCGAAAGGUGAGUAUGUGUGCGAAGACCUUGGGGGCGGAUAUCACGAAAUUUAUCACUAGUUAUGAGGGGGAGUCACUUCAAUAAAAUAACAUUUAAGAGGGGAUCAGCUAAAUGUCAUUGUCUUUAGCCGAAAAUCCUCCAACCAACCCUCCAACCCCAACCGCGACCGCGACCCCCUUGCGAGCCUGCGAGUCUUGGAGAUCAGCAGCACUACCGGAAGGCCCGGCUGCUAAGGCAACAUUCACGUGCGUUUGAGUGUUGAGUUUUGCUUAGGUAAUUUAUGUGAAGAUUUAUCGUUCUUUAUGGGUAUGGAUAAGCAUAUUAAACAGAAAAAGAAGAAAAAUUUAAAGCGAAAACUACUACCCAGGGAUUCGGCGAUCGAUAAAGCUUCGAAGGCAAAGAAACGUAAGGAGAUAAAGAAAAGCCACGGGGUUGUAAAUUUAGCAGAAGACGAGAAAGUUCAAGAUCACCAGGGUCAUGAUCCCCCUGUUUUAUCAGAUGGUGAUGGCAGCUUGCAACCUGCUGUGGCAAAGCAACAGAAACGUUCAUAUGAAAGUGUUAGCUUACCAGAAGAUGUGGCAGUUCCUGAUAGCACAGAGUUUAAAUCUCUUGAAGAAUUUGUGAGUGAGAAGACUCUUAAUGCAAUCGCUGACAUGGGCUUCACCGAUAUGAUGGAAAUUCAACACAAAAGCAUAGUGCCGCUUCUUAAGGGAAGGGAUUUGCUUGGGGCAGCGAGGACAGGUAGUGGAAAAACACUAGCAUUCCUUAUCCCAGCUGUGGAACUGCUUUACAAACUUAGCUUUAAGCCAAGAAAUGGUACUGGAGUGAUUAUUAUCUCUCCCACAAGAGAGUUAUCCCUUCAGACGUAUGGUGUGGCAAGAGACUUGCUCAAGUACCAUAGUCACACGUUUGGGAUUGUAAUGGGAGGGGCCAACAGAAAGGGUGAGGCUGAACGUCUGCAGAAAGGAGUCAACUUAGUGAUAGCUACGCCUGGACGGCUACUGGAUCACCUACAAAAUACACAAGGGUUUAUUUUCAAGAAUCUCCAGUGUCUUAUCAUUGAUGAAGCUGACAGAAUUUUGGAAAUUGGAUUUGAAGAGGAAAUGAAGCAGAUUAUCAGACUUCUUCCAGUUCGCAGGCAGACGGUUUUGUUUUCAGCCACUCAAACACGGAAUGUUGAAGACCUUGCACGUGUUUCCCUCAAGAAAUCUCCUCUUUAUGUUGGUGUAGAUGAUCACAGAGAGACUUCGACAGUGGAUGGUCUUGAGCAGGGGUACAUUGUGGUUCCUUCUGAGAAGCGUUUUCUUGUGUUGUUCACCUUCCUUAAGAAGAAUAGAAACAAGAAAGUCAUGGUGUUCUUCUCGUCUUGCAACUCUGUGAAGUAUCACUAUGAACUGCUCAACUACAUCGACCUCCCAGUGGCUCACAUACAUGGAAAGCAGAAGCAACAGAAACGUACAACGACUUUUUUUGAGUUUUGCAAUGCCAGUUCUGGAACGUUGCUGUGCACUGAUGUGGCAGCACGGGGCCUGGAUAUACCGGAAGUGGAUUGGAUUGUUCAGUUUGACCCUCCUGAUGAUCCCAAGGAGUACAUUCACCGUGUAGGAAGAACAGCACGUGGAAGCGAUGGUCGUGGCCAUGCCUUGCUACUGCUGUUACCAGAGGAGCUUGCAUUCUUGAGAUAUCUAAAGCAGGCGAAGGUUCCUCUCAACGAAUACGACUUUUCAGCAUCAAAAAUAUACAACAUCCAGUCACAGCUAGAGAAACUCAUAGAAAAGAACUAUUACCUUCAUAAAUCAGCUCGGGAAGCGUACAGAUCAUACCUACAGGCAUACGCUUCACAUCAACACAAGACCAUCUUCAAUGUCAACGCUUUGGACCUUCAAAGAGUCGCGCCUGCGUUUGGAUUCCUGGUGCCACCACGAGUUAAUUUGAAUGUUCACAGCAGCAAAGGAGAGCGAAUUCAAAGACGAGGUGGUGGCGGUGGCUUUGGUGCAGGAUAUAAAAGCUCGAAAUUACAACAGAAAGCCAAGAUAUUCAGCAAAAAGAAGAAAGGGGAUUUCAGACAGUUUAGCAGAUGAGGCGGUUUGCAGAAAGUGUAACAAAGUAUAACGCUGUGUCGCGUCUAGGCGUCAGUUACAUCAUACUACAGAGCCGGAGACCAGACGAUAUGUGACCUCAUUACAACGUGAACUAUCUUUAAAGGCGGUUUCCCGCGAGAUCGCUUGCGUUCAUUGAUUGUCACGUAUGCUACACACCCAGUGGGUUCCUGUAAUUUAC